AUGCACGUUUUUAUUCUCUUCGCCCUUCUCAAUCUCACCACAGGUAUCCUCCUACCUCCUCCUCGUGGCCCACACCCAAUAACCUACACUACAAAAUCCCUUACCGACCACACACGAUGGGACACUCUCGCGCCCACGGAAAAGCAACAAAAACGUCGGAUUUUGAUAUCUAUAUUCUCACCCUUAGAAAUCACAAACGACACAUGCCAGCCAGAAAUUCUACCCUACCUCCCUUCCGCAACCGCUUCUCAAUACAACCUUAUCCUAGAUAGUCUAGGGGUGCCAAAUUACAUUCUCGAUGGGUUUGAACUGCAAUUUUGUAAGCAGCCGUUGCAACAGUCCAGUGAAGAUUAUCCUGUGAUUAUUUUCUCGCCGGGGUUUACGACUUCGAGAUUGCUUUCGAGUGUUCAGGCGCGAGAUUUGGCAAGUCAUGGGUUUGUCGUUAUCACGGUUGAUCAUCCUUAUGAUGCGACUAUUGUUGAGUUUCCGGGUGGGGAGGUGGUGUAUGGGUUUAAUAUAACUGAUGUUCUCCGUAAUGAGUUGGCUGAGAAUAUGGUUGAAGUUCGAGCAGCAGAUAUUUCAUAUCUCAUAAAUCAACUUCCGAACCUUCACAGCAAUUACAAUCAGUCGAAAGUCUUUGUAUAUGGCCACUCAUUAGGUGGUGCUACAGCAGCUCUGGCUGCAUCACUUGACUCACGUGUUCUUGGAGGUCUCGACUUUGAUGGUACAAUCUAUGGCUCUGUCAACGAUACUGGUCUGGAUAAACCCAUUGUCCUAGCGGGACGUCCGAUACCAGAGGAUACUACAGAAGCUGAGCUCUAUGAUGGUUUCUAUGACCGUUUGCGCGGAGAGAAGAUGCUUAUUGUUGUGAAUGGUACGCAGCAUAUGUCGUUUUGCGAUGCGCCGUUUUUAGUAUCACUGCGUGACGAUAUACCGGAAGAGUUGAGCACCGUCAUGGAAGCUGUUGUAGGCAGCAUUGGUGGGAAUAAAUUGGCUGGAAUACUGGAUGAGCUUCUUGUUUCCACUGCGAGUUUUGUUUUUGGUGGUGAUGCUUCGGGGAUGUGUCGUAUUGACGAUACGAAUGACGAGAUGCUGGUGCUUGAAGAAGAGCUGCCGUGCUGA